AUGGCGCCCAGUCAGCCUCUCCUACAACUCAUAUAUAAUCACAUCGCUUUCCCCCCGCAGCUCCCAGGAGCGCAGGAUCCACGCGGGGAAAAUGUGAAUGGUGACUUGACACGUCGGCUGCUUGAUGCGGUCAAAGUGCUCAGUGACAGCAGCGAGAUAGAAAGGUUGCCUACGUGGAGAGUCAUUCAGAAGUCAUUAGAGACCUGCAUCUUAGUGAACGAAAAUGGCUACAUCAACAAGGCACGCCUGUCCAGGGCCUUCAAGGACCUGAAGCCUGACCAUGCCAUAAUAUUGCACAUUGUGGAGCAGAAUUCCUGCGUAAUGAUACGGCAGUCUGAAGCCAAUGAAGAUUCUGUGAUCUUCGAGGCUUUCGAAACAUCCCCGUCGGCAGAACAGACCCUUGCGGCUCGUGGAGCACUACAGUGGGAUUUUCCAGGCGCAGCAGCCUCUCUGCCUCUGGAUGAGUUUCGAGACUCCAAUUUGCAAGAUAAUAUAGCUUCAUUCCUUGAGAAAGCCAGCGUUGAGCUGCUCGAUGAAUUCACACCGAAGACUAGAAAGGCUGGGGUUGAGGUCUGUGAGACAAGGGACACCGUCGACCCCGCGAUAAUCACCCAGUUCUUCUUUACACUCCUGGAAACCAAGGGUAGUCGCGCAAACCCCCUACUGCUACGCAAACGAAUCAAGGAUGAUGUUAUCUGGGAUGACUCCGAGCUACCCUGGCGCCGGAGCCCUUACUGGCUUCUUCUUCGCGUCUGCAUCCAGCGAUUACUCUACUUCCAUCUUGGUGAAACUGUGGGACGUUUGUUGUACAAAUUCCUCAUAUGCACAGUGAUUGCACGGUUGCUAGACGAUGUAUCAGACAGGUUAGACCCCGAGCAAGGCGACUUUCUUAAAAAGAAGCUGUGUCGCCGUCUGGCAAAAUUAGCCACCGAUCAGGAGAACUCGGCAGUGCGAGAUGAAUAUCAGCACAUGAUCGAAGUAUUGGGGCCAAUCUACCACAGGUCUAUCCUAGGAAUGACCAGGGCUACGGAAGCAAAAUGGAGUGCUUUCAAAUCUCGGUCUAUCCGAAAGGUGCCACGUUUGCCACGAUGGGCUGGGAACAGUGACCUUCGAUUGUCUCUACCGAACAGCGGUCCCUAUCUUCAGGGCGUCAUCAACGAAACUCAGUCAAGCAGGUCCGAGCAACGCACAAUUGACAGGAGUGUGCUCGAUCAGGCCAAGGGCACGCAGCAAUUUCGUGAUUUGACCUCGGAUUAUUGCCUGCUCGCUCAGACCGAACUCGAGAUAGAAACCAGAACGCAUAACCUGCCUGUUGGUCGCACCAGCGCCGCAGGCCUGUGCCUGAAAUAUGCGCAUGAAAUCGAUGAAUACUUGAGCCUAGUUGGGGAUGCAUAUGCCUCAAACCCCGAACAAAUAAGCAUUUUCAUUCUCACUUUGUUCGAACUAUGGGUUGACAUGGACAUGUCAGCUACAGUUGCCUACCCGGUUCUAAAAGAUUUCCAUCCGGUGUUUGAUCCCAAACUGCUCGAUGUCAUCUUACUUUCGCGGCUCACAGACCUGGAAAGACUCCAACGUAUUCAGUCUUAUCUCCACGAUCGCUGUAGCCAGGCAACGGCCGGUGACACGACCAUCUUUUCAGACCCAGCUCCGGGCUGCUUUGCAGAUAAAUUUUCUCAUCAGGAAAAUUCGUCCAUUCUAGAUCUGCUGCUCUUGACGAUUGAAGCUGCCUGUCUAGUCUCCAGAAAGAACAAGGAAAGUGAGCUAGAACAGGUCAAUGCUCAGUUCCACGAUCUUACCGAGAAAAGAGCAACGAGCAUCUGCACAGAAAAGCAGAGCGAGGAUGGAAGCCACGACAUCAAGGGAUGCAACUACUGCUAUUACCUGAGAAGACGUAAACGUUUGAAGAUCCAAGUCCAUGAGGACUUUCUUCCACCUGCACAUAAAGUGGCUGAAAGGAGGGCAGUUGCAUUUGAACUGGAAAUGCCGAGGGCAAUUGCUGCAUACCGCAACACCACAUGGGAGAUUUUAAACACUCUCUGCCCACAGGCAGAACAACCGCCUACCCAAAGCCCCGAAUGUCUCCUGGGAGAUUAUUCGCAACUUCAGAGAUACAACAAGUACAAAGAUGUCAAAGGGCUCUCUCUGGCCUCCCAUACGAAGUCAUAUCUGGGGACUCAUUACAAUUGGAAAAGGCUCCCAGCUGACACUGGAAUGGUCCUGAUGCCCUUGGGGUUAAGGUUCUCUUAUUUUGACUCAAAACGUAACGUGUGGGUUCGAGAAUUUCCUGCACCCUUGACAUUGGCCCAUCAUUUCAAAAUUGCAGUGCCCCCAAAUAGCCCGUUUGCGAACCUCUACUCCUCCAGCGAGUUCACAGCGGACGGACCAGGUCCGUCUUCGUACGAAGCAGUUGCAAGCCUCAGCGAGUGUCCUUCGGAUCUAACUGUCCAUGAAUUUAUCGCUCAUCAAAAUCUCAGAGCGGGCAAGUGCAGACGCUGGCUGGUGAUUCUCGCUGAACUGGGCUCUUCAAAUGUCAACUUCAGUGUCCAAGGUACAGCUGACCUCUUUCAUCAGCUAGUCCUUCAAACUGGUCCUAAAUCAGACAAUCAUGGCGAAGCCUUGCGAACUGUUCAUGCCUUCUUCAAUGAUUUGGCUUUUUGUCGGAGACUUAUUGAAAAUAUUCACCAACACAUUGAAAGUAUUUCCGCAAAUUGGCGUGAAACGACAUACAUGGAGUCAAUGCUGACGAUGGCCAUCCAGCUUUAUGCUCUCGGCCCUCGUGAAUUGGCUGAGGGUCUCUUGUUGCGGAUUCGGCGCGUGACACUGUCGUGGGUUAUUGUAUUACGCAAGGAGACACGAAAUGCUCGGGAGAUAGAUAUGACGGAAAGAUUCGCCCGCUUUUGUUUCCUAUCUGCGCUUCUUUGCCGGAGGACAUUUUAUCCACAUGCCUACAAUGAUGUUAGUAUGAAUGCGGCGAGUUUCAUGUGCUUUGUUGAAGCUACAAUCGCUAUGCAGGAAAGCCUGGUGGUUGACCUCAGAAAAUUCUCAACAGCAACAAAAAACCUGCUCAUUCGUGACAUCAAGAUGGUCGCCAGAAUGAAAUCAACUCUCAUGCUGUCAGUGUCAACCUAUCCCACGAGCCUACAGGCAGCCUUGGAUGCGGCAUGGCCAGAAGCAGACAAUCGCCCGCGCAAGUAUAACGGCUGGGAGAUAUUCCAUGACGAUUACAAAGGAUGGGUCACUUCAACCGUACAGGGUACCUCGAGCACCGAACCCCAGGAGUUUUGCUAUCAUUUGCUUGAGGGUCAUUUUCUUAUUAACGGCCAAAUCAUUGGUAAACUGCCACCUGACAUCAGUGACUCGGAGAUUCUCAAGGAUCUUUUUGGGAACCAACGGCUCUUUGCCAUGCCAUCAAACCUCUCUGGGAUGAGCUAUACGCUAGCUUUAAGCAUCAAAAAUCACCAGAUCCAUAUUGGGUAUCGAAGACAGGCCUUGAUAGUGCGAGCAAUCCAUAAUGCACAAGAAGGCCUAGAAGUCCUAGAAUUGAUACCCCGACAAAUUUUCAUCAAUGGGCAAGAUCGUGAUCUACCAGCAUCGGUAAUCUGUGAUUGCGUCCACUGGCUUAAUUCAAGAUUGAGGACACUUGAAAUCAGACGUAAGCCAGGAAUCUGGUACAGCAGACCUGGCAACUGGACUAUCGACCUCAAGUCUCGAAUAGCAUCUCGGAGAACGGUCUCUCUUGUUGAUCCACACAGCCAGAUAUUUCAACGGAUAGUGGAGAUGUUUAGCGGCUUUGAGGAGCCUCAAAAUUUGACUGUGUUUCAGCCCAGUGAUAAGACACUUUCUAUCGAGAUCAAGCGCAUGGACCUGAGCUUUUAUGUCAACAGCAGGCAGCUUUUGCACUGCAAGCAGCUUCGUGCUGAGAUAGAUACGAACCAGGACGUUGGCACCUGGUUUGGCUUGGAAAGCAUGCUGGUACUCCGCAACCCCUCGCAGCGCAUGAUCAUCACCCCCAUGGGCCCAAUCAAGUAUCGACGACAAGGAAUGCAUGUCGCCAUUCGACUAGACAACGAUGGGAGGUAUGCCAGAUACAUUGUUGACAAAGAUCUCGGACGACUGCAUUGUCCCCCAGUGCCACAGCUCAUGGAAAUCAAAGCGCGGCUGCACGCGUUUACUUCCUCGUUUGUACCAGAUCCUCUCACAGGCCGAACAGGUACCGAAGAAGCACUCUUAUGUCUUCAAUCAGGGUGUCUUCAACCUUGGUCCCCUAUACCGUUUCUGUACGAGCGGCUGGAGAUUAUAUCGAGUCUCACACCCCGACGCGAAUACUAUCCCAAAGACAAAAGGUCUCAGCAGACCGUCUCCUGGGAUCCUAAUUUGACAGUUACCAUGCAACACGAUGCCUUUGAAGCCCUAGUCAAAGCGAUCGUGAGGAAAUCGGAGAGAUUGUCAUUAUUCAGCAAGGAAAGUGAGAGUGUUGCCGAAGACAAUGAGCGCCCAGGCAAUGAUUUGACUGCAGCCCACCUGCGUAAGCGAGCUCAGUGGCGACGGUCUAUAUACGAGCGUCCGGACACCAUGAUCACGCAGUCAGUCUCCGCACUGGACUUCCCAUAUAUUUCUCGAGACCAUUCAUCACUCUCUCAACGAGUUUCCAAUGUUCGCGAGGUUGCGGAAUUAUUGACACAGUGCCCUUUGUCCAUGAAUACCACGCCAGAUCUAACGGGUGCUUUACAAGGCCGCUCGAUGAUUGGGGGCUAUGCAAAUAGAUUUACACCGCACGUCUUGCAGGAAUGCAUUACUACUGACCUCGCUGUGGAAUGGGGCGGAUUGGUCAACAUGUGCAAAGACUGCCCCCCUGACAAAUCCUGCGACCUGAUGUUCCAUCUGGGCGUUGUAGCAUUCAGGAAUCAUAUUGACAUGACAAUGAUCCGGACAUUGGUAGCGUUUUUCCUCUUUGAUGAUCUCAAAAACCUGGAAUAUCCGCAAUGCACGUCAUUUGAAAAAUUCGAGAUCAACGCAAAGCCCACGACUCGCGUCCUGUUGAGUCUCACUAAGCACUUCUGCACUCGGUUCGAAGAUGUAUGGGAAGCGAGGAAUAAUGGGAAACAUCGUGAUAAGCGCCGCCGCGAAGUUGCUGGGGAGGACCACGAAGUGAAGUGCGCCAUGGAACAUGAGAGAUUUGUUGCUUUUCUCACUGCCCAGUGGCCUUGCAACAGGCCAAGCUCUGCCGGAUUUGAGACGACGUACCUGGAUGUUGAAAAGUCGAUCGAGGCAGUUGCUCCCGAUUGGUUGCGCCUACACAACAAUAAACUGUUCGCGGAUCAUUUGAAAGACGUUCAAGCCAUACUUACCCGGCUGUCUUUUUUCGAUUACCAUGUGCCUAUUGGGAUACCUCCCUGUUAUCGGAGUGAAGUGUUCGGACCAAAGCAUCGUCCUUACAACAUCCCCUCCCUUGGGAAGCAGAUUCUACAAAGACCUGUCUCAAAGUCAAGAUCGUUGGAAAGCACCAGUCAUCGCAUCAAAUCCCUAUCUAGGAAAUGGUGGGCUACGUUUUGUCAGCCAUCAAACGUCGAGCUUUACCAAGAGGAUAUACCAGAAACGGGUGAAUUGGAGAGCAUUAUAGGCAGCUUCAUGCAAUCGGACUGUCCUGUACGAUCUACCUAUGCUCGGGAUUUGGAGAAAAGUAUCGCUGCACUCAAUUCGCCAGACAGAUAUCGAGAACAGAAGAUGAGAAUAAGGUCAAAUACGGAUCUUUUCAAGACAAGGCUUCCAAAUCUCAAAAACGAAAUCUUCUCGGCUCGUGGAAUAAUUUCUCAAAUGCACGCAAAGAUAUCCAGUGUACUCUCAUGCGAAUAUCCGGGAGCAUCGUGGUUACAAGAAGGCAAUCUUUGGCCAUGCGUAUCACUGAUGGCUCUUCUUGAGCACAUUCGCUCAACAUCCCACUGUGUGAUCGAACCUAAUGUGAGAGCGGCCCUCAUUUCCUAUGGAUUGGCAAUCACGAAGCUACAGCAGCUCCUUCGGAUGGAAGAGGCAUUGAUGAAAAAGGACUGGGCGAAAUUGUGGCAAGAAUAUACCAAUACCGGUCAUACAAACUGGCAUCCUUCUCAAACCCCCGACUGGCUUUUGCUAGAGCUCGAUUCAAAUAUCCAAAUACGUGAGGAUCAAGUCAUUGUUGCCAGAGAGAUGGUGUCCCCAAGCUCGCAGUCCAAUUCUGUCUUACAAAUGAACAUGGGACAGGGGAAAACAUCUGUUAUCAUGCCAAUGGUUGCAUGCUUACUUGCUGAUGGAAAGAGACUAAUCAGGCUCAUUGUUCCAAAGUCGCUCCUAUCGCAAACUGCACAGAUCUUGCAAUCUCGUUUGGGGGGUCUUCUAGGCCGAGAAAUCACCCAUGUCUCAUUUUCCAGGCAGACACCGACAACAUCAACUCACAUGCGAGAGUACGAAAAGCUUCAUUACGAGAUGCUAAGUCGGGCGGGUAUCAUUUUGGCUGUACCUGAGCACAUCCUAUCAUUCAAGCUCAGUGGGCUGCAAAGACUUUCCGACAUGAACACCGACGAGGCUGCCGAGAUGGUUGCAAUCCAAUCUUGGAUGGCCAAGUCAUGCCGCGAUAUUUUGGAUGAAUGUGACGUUACCCUUGCCGUGAACACGCAGUUGAUCUAUCCGAGUGGCUCCCAGCUCAAUGUUGACGGCCACCCAAGUCGGUGGGAAGUCACCAUCACGGUGCUCAGUCUUGUUUCACAUCACAUCCCCCACCUCGCUCGGGAGUAUCCACACAGCAUGGAUAUCCUGCAAAGAACUGCGGCACAGUUUCCUGUGGCGUAUUUUCUCAGAAAUGAUGUCGAGAAUGCGCUCAUUCAACGAAUCGUCGAUGACGUGUGCCGUUCCCGGACUUGGAUCCUGCCUAUGCGGAACUGCACGGUCGAAGAACAUCAUGCGAUCAGGACUUUUAUCUCUGAAGAGAAGACCAGCCCCGAGGUUCUGGAAUGCAUUUCUGGACUUUUCCAUAAUAACCCAAGCGCCCAGAAGAAUGUUUACUUGCUCCGUGGGUUACUUGUGCAUGGAAUUUUGCUACUGUGUCUGAAAAAGCGCUGGAAUGUACAGUAUGGGCUCCAUCCAGGCCGUGAUCCUAUGGCUGUCCCAUUCCAUGCGAAAGGUGUCCCAUCGGAACAGGCCGAAUGGGGUCAUCCAGAUGUCGCAAUCAUUUUUACUUGCCUGUCCUUCUACCACCAAGGACUUGACGAAAAGCAAUUCCAGCAAAGCCUGCGGGCGGUUUUACGAUCCGAUGAUCCAUCUCUGGAGUACGACAAAUGGACACACGCAUCCGCAACGUUACCAGAGAGACUCAAACACUGGAACAUCAUCAACUUCGAUGAUAGUGCUCAAUUUCAGGAAAUCUGGCGGCAUUUGCGAUUUACGGUUGUUGCCAUUAACCAUUUUCUGAACAACUUCGUCUUCCCGAUCCAUGCAAGACAAUUCGCAAUCAAGCUGCAGGCUUCUGGGUGGGAUGUUCCUCUAUUUAAUAACUCUAUUGUCGCCUCGCUCGAGAAAUGUGCCAGUCGUCCGGGACUCACCACGGGGUUCAGUGGCACCAAUGACAACCGCAGGCUCCUUCCUCUCACAAUCCAGCAACAUGACCUCGAUGGCCUCUCACAUACGAAUGCCGAGGUGUUGACGUAUCUACUCCAGAAACGCAACAGACAUUACGAAGUGGCUACAGGUUUCGAUGGGAAAAGGCUUUCCGAGGUAGAUCUUUUGGGGCACCUACAAAAAAGAAAAAUCCGUGUUCUCAUCGAUGCGGGCGCCUACAUUCUAGAGAUGAAAAAUCGCGCACUCGCCAAGGCCUGGCUGGAGAAAGACACGAAAGCUCAGGCUGCCGUGUAUUUUGGGGUGGACAAUAAAGCCUGGGUGGAGUUUAGGGAAGGGAAAACGAUCCCACUCCUCGCAACGCCGUUCGCCGAUAACUUGAACGAUUGCCUUGUCUAUCUUGAUGAGGCUCACACACGGGGGACCGAUCUGAAAUUACCUGCCGAUGCCAGAGGAGCUCUCACUCUUGGCUUAAAGCAGACGAAAGAUAAGACUGUGCAAGCUGCAAUGAGGCUACGACAGUUAGGCAGCACGCAGUCAAUCACAUUCAUCGCCCCUCCCGAAGUUCAUCGCAAUAUUCUCGACGUUUGCAAAAAAAGGCCGAUGGAUUUCCUGGACUCCUCCGACGUGAUCACCUGGUUACUUGAUCAGACGUGCACGACGAACGCAGAACUUCAGCACUUGUACCUGGCCCAGGGCGUGGACUUCUGUCGGCGUACAGAAGCCGCAGCACGGAACAGCAGCUUCCUUACGAAUACUACGGCUAGACAAGCAUAUUUGAAAGUCCUGCGCCAGCCAGAACAACAGACUCUAGCACAGCUCUACAAGCCAAAAGGUACUAGACAGAUCGCUAGUCAGUCUUCAUCAGACAAGAAGGGCCUCGUCUUGAGUGGAAAAGUCGCCACCUUCAUCCAAGAGUUGCGGAGCAGAAAGGAAGAGUCCAACAGUUCUUUCGGUCAUGUCACCAGCACAGCGCUGGAAGAGGUCGAGCAGGAACGUGAAGUUGCUUUUGAGAUCGAGGAAGAACGAGAGAUUCAAAGACCCCCGCGUAUGGGAGCGCUCGAAUUCCCCGGACUCAGUGAAUCAAUCCGUAAAUUCAUAUUAACCGGUCUGAUCGAUCACGAAGGGAUUAUUAAGGCGUGGAAUGUCAUACAAGCCACUCAGUUAGCGGAAAAGCACGAGAUUGAAGCUGACUCACUUUUACCUCAUCUUUACGUUUCCGUGGAGUUCACCAGAACCAUCAAAUUGAGAACUGGCAGAAAGAACGACAGCUUUAUGCGCGGCGUGAAUUGGCUUCUGGUUCACAUUGACACAGCAACUGCAGUUGUGGUCAUUCCGGAGGAGGCAGAAGACAUAAUUCCUAUUUUACGAGGAAUGGAAGCGUCUUCCGUACAUCUGAUACUCUAUGCAGCCCCGUACACCAAAAGAAUGCUCCAGUUUGAUCGGUUGGAUUACUAUGCCAUUCCAAAUCUUCCGACCAACUGGACACCUCCACCCUGGCUUCCGCUCGAGCUCGGCCUCCUCGCCGGGAGGCUCUACUUUGACUUUGCGAGCUAUGAGACCAUUCUGGAUGGACUUCAUCUGACUAAGGAAAGGUUGUUGGGUCCCAACGAGGAAACAGCUCACGCCAUUCAAGCACGCACAAAACGUCAUCUUAGUUUCCUACACGAGUGGCUGGCUCUCCGUCGCCAGGGGCAAGACGUCUCACACACGCCCAUGGGGUACGUUGUUCAAGAGUGGCCGCUUCGCAGCGACCAUCCGUUCUUUCAAACCAGGAGAACGACGACGCAGAUCAUGGCUGAUGCCAGAGAUCGACCAACCAGUCCUACCGGAAAAAGCGUCGAGAGUGACGAGGAUGAGUUCUAUGACAGUGGUGAUGAAAGGAUGGACAUGUUUGACGAUUCGUACGACGAAACCGAGGGAAGUGAUGCAGUUGUUGUUUCGUGA